UUUUUUCAGUGUUAUUCUAGAUUAGUUUAGUAGACUAUUCGGAUACGGACAUCCCUACUGUUACUGUUAAUGUUGUAUGUCAGUGACAUCAAUUACUUCUGUAGGCUACUCACUGUCUCACAACAAAAGACACUAAUAGGCUAUUUGACAAAAUAAUUGAAUCAACGAAUUACUGAAUUACAGUUAAGUCUGUAAGUUAGUUAGGUACUAACAGACCCAAAUACAGAAAUAUUCAUUUUGAAAAUGGAGUUACCAAUUAGAAAUGAAGCCAAGAUGCCGAAAGAAGCAGCCGAAAAGAAGGUGAUUCAUCCAAAAAGUAUGGCCGAACUACAGAAAUUAAAAGUUGAAAAACUCAUGAAAAAUCCUGAUAAACCUGUUUACAUUCCUGAACCAAAAAAAAUAUGGAAGCCACGUGAUGCACCUGAAUUUGUUCGUGAUGUUAUGGGUUCAAGUGCUGGUGCAGGAAGUGGUGAAUUUCAUGUUUAUCGUCAUAUCAGGCGAAGGGAAUUUGCCCGGGAGGAAUAUCAUGAUAAAAUGGAUAAAAAACAAAGACUUGAUCUUGAAUAUGAAGACAAGAUACAAAGUAUAAAGGAUAAAGAAGAGGAAUCAACUGCAAAAAAGAGAGCUAAAAGAAAAAGAAAAAAGCAAAAAAUGCUCUUCAAGAAAAAGCAAUUGAAGAAGCAGAAAGAGGGAGAUCAAAAAGAAGCAAGUGAUUCUCCUGAAUCAGAAAAUGAUGAAGAAAAUAAGGAAGAAGACGAUUCUGAAGAACCAAGAUUUGUUAUCGGAGGAAGAUGACAUAGCAGGGUUUAUUCUUCAUUUACUUCAUUAGGGGUAGUGGAAUGAUCCCAGUUAUGUAUCGACAUCAACUGAUGAUUGAGAGAAGUCGAUUGCAAUUAAUCGAUGAAGAUGCUGGUAACUGUCAGCAGUUUCAUGAGCCAUCUUGCAAUGAUAAAUCACAAUAUGGCAUUUACGGCUUCUUGGAUUGAGAAACUGAAAUUUUUAAUGGCGAUCAGAUCAUAACUACUAAUAAUUAAGUCAUCGUAUCUAUAAAUGAUUCAGGAACUAGGAAAAUUGAUAAACUUUGUUUAAUAAGAGCAUUUACAAAAUAUAAUGUAAUUUAAAUCUCGUUUUUAUAUCGAUAUUGGCCAUUUCUAUGUUUGAAAAUGUGCAGAGUUGUCAGUAUUCUAUCAUAUCAUGUCAUUGGGAUAGAAAUGCAUACGGUGCAUUAUGUUUGAAGCUAUGCGUUAAGCUUGCGAAAUGUAUUUUGGCCAUUUGUACUGCUAAAUACCUUUUUUGUAUUUUUGCAG